UUGGUGGACUAAAUUAAUUGUUUUCAUGCUGAGAGAAGUACACAGUGUCUCUCCUAGCGGACAGUGUGCUUUGCAUUAUCCAAGAAAUUAACCAAUGUUCUUGUUUUGAAGAGGUUUUUUUAUGUUGUGGUAAUUAUUCUGUGGCAUAAUUUAGCUGUAAUCCAAGGAAAACAUAAAGAUCUAAUGACUUUAACCCUGGGUAUACAUACAGUAACCCAGCAAGCUGGCAAAAUUGAGUGGAGACUUGAGCUCAUGUGAGCGAUGUUGCUGCAAACUCCUUGUCACUUAUACUGGUGCUGGUGCCAAGAGCAUACAACAUCCUCUUCUUUGUAUAUAUUUUUUUAGCAUUGUGAUAUUCCAAUUAACACAAACCAUGAAAGUAUGGAAAUUAAUUUAUUCAUUAUGACAUAUGACAUACAUGAAGGAUGAAACAUUUUACUGCCACCUUUCAAGCUUUACAGUUAGAGUUUAAUACUGAAAAGAUAUAUGUUUGGGUGGAAUAUCACUUUAAGAAUAUAAUGUAUCAAUCUCCAUGAGCUCAGCUUAAAAGCUCUUGAUUCAUCUUCUAAACCCUGCCAUGCUCCACCAGCUGCUCACUGUUUUUUGCCUGCAGUGUGGCUCAGCUCCACAGCCAUAUGUCUGCUUUGCCUGAGUCUGAGGCUUGGACACAGUUUAGGACACACUUGUAUAGUUGUGUCCCACAUUUUAGUACAGCACAUUCUUAUCUUCCAUUUGAACUGGACUAAAAAUGAACUUCCACCCUGAAUUUUUAGAUGUUUAAAUUCUGCUAAAAAUAUGACUUCCUCUCAUCGUGGUUUUGUCUCUAAGUGCUGACGGCACCACUCUAUAGCUGUCAAAAAGGAAACCUGAUGACAGUCACUCAUGCACACAAAAUACAGUGGUCAGCUCAGUCAUGGAGUGUGAGUAUGAUGUUUCAGUUUAAAACACAAGUAUUUCCUCUUUCAGUAUGUGAUGUAAAAAUGCAGUGGUGACAUGUUUGUGUUGCAAUUUUCAAUUUUACAUAUCACGUUAGUUUGUUAUGACUGUGAGAUAUAAAAAGUCAGCUGAAGUGAUGUCAGCACUUUCUAUCCAGAUCAAAUACACAUAUAAGGCUUGGCAGUAUUUAGAUCCCCUUUCUCUCUCUCGUUAGCUCUCCAUCUGUUAUACUGUCAGUGUGGAGUGUAGAGCGGAGGGUGGCGGCCAGGGGAUGGACUGCUCCCACUGCUACACCUCCUGCAUUUCACGUUUCACAUAUGCCCCUCACACCUCCCACUGAAGGUGCGAACCUUAUGAGUGAAGUGAAUGGCACAGAGUGUGUACAUGCUUGGGCGAGAAGUAUUUUAUUAUAUAUAAAAAUGUAUAUCAUUGCUUAUUUUGUAAUUCAAGCUAUUUCCCUUGAUAACGCGCAUCAUAUUUGAGCUAGAAACAAAAGGGGAAACUACAUUUACAGACUACAGGACUGGCCUGCAUCAAGGUAGGCAGUAGGGAAUGUAAACUGAGAGAGUGUUUGUCAUUGUGCAUGUAAUGGUGUGAGCCCCGGUGUGUGCACAUUUAAGUACUGAUAUGUGUGUGUUUGCCUACAUUUGUGCACGUGAGGGCCAGGCGUUAGAGCCCUCCAUUAAGCUGUGUUUACAGUUUGUAGGGCCAGAGUCAUCCUCUGACGCUUGGCCAGGCCUGGCCUUAUCAAUCACAAAGACGUCCGAAGGCUUCCACCUGUGAUCCUUGCCGCCUGCCAGACAGACCUUACAUAUGAUGUCUGGGAUAUUACACUAUUUUAUUGUUGUAGUAGAACUGGCAAGAUUCCUGCCUUCUGAGGUGCUUGUGAUUUCCAGUUGUGUGGUCACUGUGUAUGUUGGUUUGUCACAGUGGAGUGAGACCAGAUAUGUUGUACAGUGUGCGUUAAUGUUAAUCUGUAGAAGUCAAGUGUUGUAGAAGUGUUGUGAAAUCAGAGAGUACCCUCAUGGCCUAAAAUGGAGAUUCCACAUUCAUGAAAAAUACCUUCUAUUAGUGAUGUAUGAACUUCUCUUAAAACAUCAUUCAUUUCACUUGUAAUUAACAAUCUUAUGUAACUAAAGUACAGUAGUUAACAUGUUAUCAUGCACUUACGAAGAGAACUAGAUUCUUACUUUUCUUCAGGCAUUUAUUUUGUUGACAAAUUAAAGUUUCCUUUCGGCUUUUCAUGUGAGGUACACAUUAUUUCCAUCCUUGAACACAGAUCCACGUGCUGUGUUGAACAGAUUUGUGAAGACUGUAAUUAACCUCGUUUUUUCCCUCCAGGUGUCGGGAUUACAUGUGUAGUGGGAGUAUCACAGUGAAACAUACUGACAUACCUCUUUCUUUCUCUCUGCCAAUGUACAGUGGGUAAGAAUAAAUUGGGGCAAAGGUGCGAAAGUUGAAGCAAGUAACACAUAUGUGCCAUCUACUGUUGCCACGCAUUAGCCGUGACUUCAGCAGAGGAGUGAUAAAUUCAUGUGAAAGAAUCUGGUAUUUUCUUUUGUUAAUUAAUUUGAUCAGCUGCUGUGAUAAUUCCAUGUUGUAGGCUAGUUUAUGCUACAUCUCAACCAAAGUCUUGUAAUCUUUCAAUAUCAAUAAUGUUUGUAAUUGAGAUAUUAUCAAUACAUCCAUCUGUGUUGUGAAAUAUCAUGAAAAAGAAAGCCUGUUAGAGACAAAAACAAUGAAAUUAUCAGGCCAUAGUUUUAGAAUCUCAUCACUUAGCUCCUGUUGCUAUAGAUUAGAUAGAUAUUUCAGGAGUGAAAAGCAAAGAACUGAAAUGCUAACAAGAGUAGAAUCUCCUGUUGCUACCAUAUGUUAAGAGCACAUUUGCAAUCCUGAUGUAGGGGUUAGCAAUCUUUCAACAUAUCCUAAAGUGAAUAGACAGUGUUCAUCCAGGAGAUCACCAGAUCAUUCUUUGGGCACCAUGGGAUGUCACAUUUAGUACUAUUCCAUCCAGUAGUUGUUAAGACAUGUCACUAAAAACCAAAAAUGUCAACCUGCUGUGGUGCUGGAAGAACAGUCAUGGUAUGGCAAAGCCAGGCUUCAUCCUCUGAGGGACCUCUGAGAUAUCUCGACUAAAGUGAUGGACCACCAUCACUUGGCCAUCCCAAGGACCAUGCAGCUAAUAUGGCUAAAAACCUUCAAAAUACACAUGAUUUUCUCAAAAACAGAACUUCUCCUUUAGAUGAGCUACAUUUGUUUUUUAUUUAAUAAAAUAUACACAAUCUGUAGGUUAAUGUCUGAGUUAGCAGGAGCUCUAAAUAAUAUACUUUCAUAAAGAAAGACUCCUAGAGGGUCCAUUAAAAAUGACCCAAUUGGUUGUAUUGUAAUUGUGUGUCUUUUGUCCAAUUUCCCCCUAGCUGUAAAUAUGAAGUGUUGUUUUUUGGCUGCGCUGACCUAGAUGAAACCUGCAAAUGGAUGCCAUGUAUUAAGAGACUUCUUUAUGGAAGUAGGUUGCAGUGUCUCUUAGAGUGGAACUUUUGCUUCAGCUAUAACACUACAGGGAGCUUGCUAUAUUUAUUAUGGUGAAGAGUAGCACCGUAAUUCUCUUGUGCAGUGUUUAUUCUGCGAGAUACAUGUUCAGUACAACACUACAGUUGGUUCUCUGGUAAUGUGUCAAAGCAGCACAGUUUGACUUCAUUUUUUACCAAGCUGCAGUAGUGACUGUGAGCAGAGGGGCUGAAGUUUACUUUAAAGCCAUAGAUUUGCUUUACUUGUUAGCCCUUACACACCAUGCCAGUAGCAGAUUUAUCAGUUUCAGGGACCACCGGAGAAGAAAUCUUUUGUUUUAGCUCCACUGUUAUGUCUUUCUGCUCUGGACUGUUUAAAAGAGUGUCCAAAAAUGGUAGAAAAAGACUGAAAAAAGGUUCAUGUUUAGGUAAGUUUGACCUAAUUCAAACAAAGAACUUGUCUGAUUGUUUGACAGUGUGGCUUGUGAUUGAUCAAGGGGAACUGAAUUUCUCGUAACACAACAUAGCUGUGUCAUAGAGGCUGUGGAACAUGAAUAAGAUCAUGAUCAACAGCCAGCAAAAUCAAAAUAAAUUCCUCCCAACACAACACAGCUGUGGUAUAGUAGUCCUAGACGAGAGAGUCCGGCACGUGAACUUUGAGUGAUGGUCAUGUGGCCAAAGCCCGAGGAGCAGGGCUGUUGGCAGACCUAAUGACAGCUUGUAUUCACCGGCCUCUGGAUAAGAUGGGGAGAGGGAGGGAUGGAGAGAAAAGGAUAAUAAGUGUGAUGAAUAGCACAAAAGACACAAAACAGCAAGCAGAGGGAGAAAAAGCUGAAAGCAAAUAAGAAAAGAAGAGGUUAAAAAAAUUGGUGAGAAACGGACUGGGGAGGGUUGCACAGUAUCUCUGGGUAGAGCUCGUUCACCCGCAGAGCCAGCCGAGGUGCGCCUGAGCAGCCUGGUUCGCUGAUUGGUGGAGCGCGAUGCAGCUCUCUCCCCUCCCCCCCAAACAAAGAGGUGCAGCAGGAACGUCACAACCAGACAGCACAAGACUUGGCUACUAAAGCAACGUUUUUCUGAAGCUCUUCCUAAGAUGCAGUCUACAGAGCAUCUAGGGACAAACUAGAUGAUAGAACAGACCUGAUCUCCUACUGAGUCUUCUGCUACUGGUCUUAGGAAUGCAUCAAACUGAUUAGAUUGUAGUUAAUUUGUUAAACCUUUAACAGUAAGAUCAGCUAGAGAAGGCAAAGCUGACGUCUUGUGCAUCCGAUUCACCGCAUUGAGAAGGACCACCGCCGGUCACCAUGGGCAGGCAGAGCCAUGAUACCUCUGCUGCGGCUCCUGGGAUGCGUAUCCAGCGCUCCCAAAGCAAGAUGAGCCUGUCUGCAUCGUUUGAAGCACUGGCUGUCUAUUUCCCCUGCAUGAACUCCUUCGAUGAGGAAGAUGGAGAAGCGGGAGGUAAGAAGUUACGCAGCACGAUCCAGAGGAGUACAGAGACGGGCCUGGCGGUGGAGAUGAGGAGCCGGAUGACUCGGCAGGCCAGCCGGGAGUCCACGGACGGCAGCAUGAACAGCUACAGCUCUGAGGGAAAUCUCAUCUUCCCUGGUGUGAGGCUUUCCUCAGAUGCUCAGUUCAGUGACUUCCUGGAUGGUCUCGGCCCUGCCCAGUUGGUCGGACGACAGACAUUGGCUACUCCACCAAUGGGUGACAUCCAGAUUGGUAUGGUGGAGAAGAAAGGAGCGCUGGAGGUGGAGGUCAUCAGAGCCCGUGGCCUUGUGGGAAAACAAAGUUCCAAGGCACUGCCAGCACCAUAUGUAAAGGUCUACCUUUUGGAAAAUGGAGUCUGCAUAGCCAAAAAGAAAACAAAAGUAGCAAGAAAAACCUUGGAUCCUCUUUACCAGCAGCAACUGCCGUUUGAGGAGAGUCCGGGAGGGAAGGUUUUACAGGUCAUUGUUUGGGGCGACUAUGGACGUAUGGACCAUAAAUCAUUCAUGGGAGCAGUCCAGAUACUGUUAGAUGAGCUGGACCUGUCCAACAUGGUGAUUGGCUGGUUCAAGCUGUUUCCUCCUUCCUCACUGGUGGACCCUACUCUGGCCCCACUGACAAGAAGAGCUUCCCAAUCCUCUCUGGACAGUUUCUCUCGAUCAUAGCAGCGUGUGGACUGAUAGCGUUGUUGUAGCAGCCAGUGAUGCGAUUACAGGACACGCCCCCCGGUUACACUGCAUGCUUGAUGUUGUGUCUUCUGAGCCUGUUUCUAGGGGUGCAAACGUGAUCCUGUGUUUUAAGCAAAAACGUUGCGCACAUUGUGCACGUGGCGAAGCGUGUUGCAAGCUCCUGGUGGCUGGGAUUGCCAGGUGUUGUUGUUGUUGUUUGGAGGAAGCUGGAAUGAACUCCUUAGCACGAGGAAUCUGUCAGUUCCAGGUUUUCAUCCAAUUCGAAGCCAUGGGGGUCAGUACUGGGAACCGCUAAACGGGUUCUGCAGAAGCCCUUUUCGAAUGAAAAAUAAAUGUUUUGUUUUGAUUUUUAGUUUUUGUUUUUGUUUUCAUUAGUUUUUUUCUUUUAAUGUCAAUGUACUUGUAUCUGAAGGAGGUGACAGUGUUUCUAACCAGACGCUUGGUCACGCCACGCCAACAGACCUAGCGGUGUAGAUGGAGUUUUGGAGACCAUCAAUUUGGGUGAGGUAUGUCCCGGCUUAUGUCCACACUCCCCCAAACCCCCAAAGAAAUGCCCUGCAUAAUCUAGGUUAUUGUACUGAAUCAAACUACUAGAACAGGUAAAUCACCAGAAAGACGAAAUCAUGCUCCUCCAAAAUUAAUCAGACGCAAUAUUGAAGUGGCUACCAUCAACACUCCGGAAUAUACAGUAAAGCUCCAAACCCCAUGAAAAGAUGUACAAUCUACCAUCAUUCUUUCUCUGUUGAUGUAUUGUAUGAAAAUUAAAUGAGAAAAAGAUAUUUUCUUUCCUUUUUAGUUCAUUUGCAUGGACACAAAUUAAGCAGAAUUUAAAAAAAAGAAAAUUAUUUUCUUGAGGCUGCAACUUGCAAAAAAAGAUUAAGACAGAAGAUAAAACAGAUCAGCCAUUUUCAACAAUUUAUAUUAUUUUUAAAGAUAAAUUUCACUAGUGCAUGGUUUUCAGGGGAGUGAAUGCAACAUCGUGAUUAAAAAAAAAUACAUUGUUUAUCAUUCUUUAGACCAUUCAGGAGUCUGUGUUUUGCAGACAUGCAGAUAAGGGAAACCUAAAGGAAACUUUUGGAGUUAUUUAACAGAAAAUGUUUAUGUGACAAAGUGAUAAUGAAAAUAAAUGUAAAUGAUUUAUUUCAUUGUAAAAGGCUCAUGCCUUAUAAAGAUAAACAUUAUGUGCAAAUUGUACAUGUUUCUCUUUUUCUUCCUUGUCCCAGGGUACUUCUCAUUGUACUAUUCAUUGCUACCAUUGUUCAGUCCCCUAUUGUCCAGAUUUUAGGACUGUUGGUUAUUUUACAGUUCUGUAUUGUUUCAGUAUGUAUUUUAUUUUGGAUUUGAUUUGUUUAACAAGCAUGUUGAAAAAGAUUUUCUGCAACAUGGCUUGGGCACACCUUAAAGUAACUCAGCAUGUUUUGAUAAAGAUGAUAUUUGGACUUUUUGCAGUUUCUUGUACAGUGCAUGUCAACUUCAUUACUUUUCUCCCUCACCUUAAAUUGAACUCUACAGCAAAUUAGUUAUUGGUCUUUCACGGCCAAUUAUUGAAAUUUUAACAAAAACAUUCCACCCCCAAGAUCAUAUUUUCUUUCAGGUUUUUGAGAAAAAAAAGUGACACGGAAAAUAUUUUAUAUUUAAUGGAGGUUGACAAAACAGUUGUGGUUGCAAGUGUAUUUUAUUUCAGUAUUGUUGACGAACAUGCAAAAAUUAUCUGUAUUGGUACAGCAAGAGGUCUACACCUAAUCAAGAGGCAGCAAACAUGCAAGAGAUGUAUGUUGCUGUGAUCCAAUUUUACAGGCACUGUUUGUGAAGAUGAGCUAAUCACAAGUUCAAAUAACAAGGGAUAUUGCCACAGAAAAUGUUUUUUUUUCUUGUUUUAAUGAAAAUGAAAUUAAUUUACUAUAUUUUUGUUAGUUUUAUUUAAAAGCCAAGACCAGUUUAUUUUUAUUUUCUAUUUUUAGUAAUUAUAAAUACUUCUCAUGUCUGGGAAGAAUAUGAAACUUAUAGUUGCAGUAUGUCUGAAUGAAAUUGAACUGAGGCAUUAUUUCUUUUCCAUAUAAUACUACGUUUUAAUGUCCAAAAAAACCUUGUUGCUGUAACCAGCUACAAUAUAUAUUUUCAUUUCUUUUUUCAUUGUAUAUACCUUUAGAUGUCAGAAUUUGAAUAAACAAGCUACUAUGGAUAGAUUGAUAAGACCCUUUUGGAACAGGAAAAAUGCCUCACAUGAUGACGAAGACAUAUGUUAUUUAUCCUUUUGAAUGCCUUUUAAUUUUCUCUUUUUGGUGCAAUGUGUUAAUGCCAAGGCUAUGUCUUGGCUAAGUAUGGUUGAGUACAGAGAUUUAUGUAAGUUAUUUUUCAAAUUAAAAAUAAAAAAUUGAUAUUACACUGAU